AGGAGGAGCGGUUCACUUCAUUGCCUAAAUACUUCAAAACAGCAGCAGAGCUGCGGUGGAGGUUUCCUUUUUUUCAGCUCAACACAAGAUUAUACAAAGGCAAAUUUUUCAAGAAAAUAAUGCACGGGAAAACAGAUAUAGAGCAACACAAACUGCACAAUAAUUAAACAUGAACAGAAGAAGUGAGAAAAAUGGUGAACAGACAGUUGCAAACUAAAGAACCAAAGACACGGACUCUAUUCAGACAAAACAGCAUUAACAGUGGCAGACCAAACUAUUCUCAUGCACAGACUCAUACACUUCAAAGAUCAAAAAGCAGCAGGUCAGUUCAUCCAAUCAGCAAAAUAUUCUUCAUUUGACCUAAACUGCUCGCCUUGUGGAUUAUUUUCUUCCUGUAAUUUAUCAUUUAAUUAAUAAAAAUUAGCAAGAGAGAAAAACAUUUCGACUGUCACUGAACAAUGGUGCAGGUAGACAUGUGCCGGUAUUCGGUAAUACAAUCCAUCAAAAUAAAAUUACCAUUAUAUUCAGAACAUGAAUAAUUACUUACUACAAAUAACAUCAUAAACAACAUAUCACAACAACACCGCUGUACGCCAUGUCACAGAUGCAUGCACACUCUUGUAAACAAACUCAACACCGACAAGCGCACGGCGGUAUGAGUGGAGGAGACAGUAGAUGGCUCGGUUGCACGAAAUGUUGCCACUGCUUAUUGUUAAUGUUAGUGCAAUAAACAAGUUUAACUAAUGAGACCUUAUUGUAGUGUUACCUAUUGUACUUUAUAAUUCGUUUGCACUUUAUUCUGAUGUAAACACUUGUUAACAUUUGUGUAUUGCUUUAGUGCAUUUUUGUUAUAAGAAGGUUAUGAUGGCAUUCUUGCUACUUAAAUCAAUAUUGUGAUAAAACAGUGAUACACGGUUUAAAAAAAAAAAAAAAAAAAAAAAAAGUUGUUUCAACAGUGUUCAUGCUGCCUUAACAUUUCAUGUUGACUAAACAUGAAAACGUGGAUAUUUUAGUUGAGCAAACUUAAAAUUAAGGCAGCACAAACAUUUUAAGUUGAAACAACCAAGUUGGUGCUUUUUUAACAGUGUAAAAGUGUCAGGAACUUUUAACUCAACAUGACUAUUUGAUACAUGCCUAGGUGCAGAUAUCUGCCAUGAUAUGAGUUUAACUAAAACAAUGUUUUUGUUUGGAAAUGCCUACUUCUGUUUUUGUAGCUGACAUUGUAACAAUAACCUGCUUGAAUUGAUUUAUUGGAAUGAAAAACAAAAAUGCAGUUAACUCCUGCAAAAGACAACAGGAACUGCUUUGAAAGCACCUUAUUCUACUCACUUGCUCUGAAAACUGUAUUAAGUUUCAUUUACAAGAAACAGUUGUCUUACAGAUGCACAAAGACAUUAAAAUCAUGAUGAAAUAUUCAAACGACACAUGGAAAAAUAAACAGUAAUAUUUAGGAGUAAGACUCUGCAUACCAUAGUUUGAGAACCACUAUCAUACAGUGAUGAUAGAAAAUGGACAGUCGGAAACUUUGUUCCUUUGUUCCUGUGUCAAGUUUAUAUAUAGUUCAUUCUUGGAUGCCUUUAUCUGCUACCCAUUUGCACUGAUGCUUUAAAUUGGACAGUAUGGUGUCACUCUCUACUGGUCAUUAUGAGCAUUACAGCAGACCAACUGCUGAAAGAUGAUCACAUGUACACAAACAUUGAGUAUUAUUAAAAAUGAACAGUAGGACUUUCUGUUGCUUUGAAAUGAUCUGUAUUGUGAAUAAAUAAAAAAAUAAAAUAAAAUAAAAUAAAUAAAUAAAUAAAUAAAUAAAAAACACAUCUACAUCAUCUGAGACUCUAAAGGUUUAUUUCGGUCACUUCCAUAAAUGUGACCCUGGAGCACAAAACCAGUCUUAAGUCGCUGGGGUAUAUUUGUAGCAAUAGCCAAAAAUACACUGUACUGGUCAAAAUUAAGUAAAGAUCAUGUUUCAUGAAGAUAUUUUGUAAAAUUCCUACUGUAAAUAUCUCAAAACUUAAUACUUGAUUAAAAGGUGAUUUUCUCAAUAUUUAGAUUUUUUUGCACCCUCAGAUUACAGAUUUUCAAAUGGUUGUAUCUCAGCCAAAUAUAUAUAUCUCAGGAUUAUAUCUCAUGUAUACAUCUCAAUUUGGAAAAAUUGACCCUUAUGACUGGUUGUGAUCCAGAGUCACAAAUGAAAAAUGUAGUAAUUUCAAAGUUUUACUGUAUUCUUACAUCUUUAGUACUUUUGUUUGUUUUUUGUUUAACACCUUUAACACCUUGUAUUUGUCUAAAUGGGCACAUAUGUAUAUUUUAUGCCAUUAAACUGCCAAGUAAAUGUAAAGCCUCUUUUUACUAUAACCUGUAAAGCUAUUUGACAGAGUCUGAAUCCUACAGUGAAGUGCUGCUCUCUGCAGGUGAUUGUCAGUAUCACAGAACACCGCUUCAGAUCUCCAUCACAUACAUGUAUAAUUUUGAUCAGCCUCAAGAUUUUAAGGUAGUUAAAUAUUUCUAAAUAGCUGUAGAAAUGAAGUGAUUUCAACAGUCACAGUAUUAAACGGAGCAAAGCUCAUGCAUGGUUUAAUUAUCAUAGAAACUAAUUUCACACGCUUUCAACUUAAGAAUAAACAUUGGUUUUCUCUGUAAUCUAGUUACACAGUUUCCCCCAAACAUCACUGACAUCAGGAAUCAUGCUGAGGUCAGUUACUGCGGUAAAGGCAGUCAGCAGACUUCACGCUGGAUAACUGCUGUGAAUGGCUGUGAGUGUGAGAGCUGAACCCGUGAUGGUCAUGAGAACUUCUCAAGAGCUUUGAGAGUCUGAAUCACACACAUCAGCAGCUCACAAUCACUGCAGACGCUCUCCACAAUCACAUUACACAAAUCAGGUGUUUUGUUCAUCAUGUCUUACGGUGGAUCAGGUUCAGGUUCAGGUUCUCGAGGUGAAUUCAGCGUUCAUUUCUCCAGCAGACGUGGAGCAGGACUCAUCAGAGCUGAAGAGGCCGCAGGAAUCGCCUUACUGGCCGUGAUCCUCACAGCACUGCUCAUUCUGGGCUGCUGGUAUUACCGCAGACGGGGCGGAUACAAGAUGAUCCGGAGCGGCCGAAAUGGUGGUCAGUCGUGGAGGGAGAUGAUGAGAGCGGGUCAGUUCAGCGAGUCUGGAUCAGGAGAGGAGAACAAAAUGGCCUUGAACGAACUCAGCAACCUGCAACCAGCGAUUCCUAAUGCUCCUCCAGCCUAUGAGAAGAUCGCCUCCGGACCUUCACCUCCUCCUUACUCACCAUGAAUCAGAAACUUAGGAAAAAUCUGGGGGUUUUUUUAGACUUCAGUGAUGUUAGUGGAAUGAAUGCUCACAAAGCAGAA